AUGGGGGACUUUAAUUUGGCCUUGGUGGUGAUAGCGGCGGUGGUGUGCUUUCUUGUGCUCCUCUUCAACGUUUACUUGCUCAUCAACUACCAACAUCCCGAUGACGCAAACCAGGCUUAUUUCCCAAAGGCAGUGGUGGUCUUCGGGCUGACAGUCGCCGCCAUCUCGAUACUUAUGCUCCCCGCCGAUGUUGCCAACAGGCAGGCAUGCCGCCGUGCAAUAUACAAUGGAGCCUGCAACCUUACUCUUCCCAUGAAGGAACUCUGGCUUGCUGUCUACAUAAUUGAUGCCGUUCUCGUCUUUUUCGUUAUCCCUUUUGCCAUGUUCUACUACGAGGGCGACCAGGACAAGUCCGUAAUUGCUUUCGUGUCAUUCUGUUAUCGUAAUAUCAUUAAGGGAUUUGUUAUUCUUGCUGAUCUCGAUUCUGCCUUCUUUCAGGAGCGUGCUAAAGAGGUUAAAGAGUGCACUGUUGUGGGUUUUUCUCUCUGCUCUGAUCUGUGGUCUCGUUCUUGGGAUCCUAUAUGGUUUGUUCGUCUAAACCCCCUUCUUUGUUGGGUUUCCUUUGAAAACAUUCUUAGUAGUCUCUGUUGAACACCGAGGCAACAUCUAGGCCUGGCCUAAGCAUUUUUUUUUCUCUAUUCCUUCAUUGUAGACCCAUCCAUCCUAAUGCACUGGUUAGCGGCUAGCAGAAAACUACUUCAGAAUGGUUGCAUUCAGAGAAACGUGUCUGACCACUGAGCCAGUUAUCGUGUUAAUAUGACCUGAUGGGCUUACAGAAGCCUUCUAUUGUUUCCUUGAACUAAAAAUAAAAUAAAAUAAAAAGCGAAAGGGAGUGGGACGGUUUUAGGGAUGUAACUUCUCGGUCAGGAUAUUCAUUCCUUCUUCCAGUGGUUUCGGUGAUGAGAUGCCUUCUGAUUGAGUUUCUUUGAAUCUCAACAAUCACUUCAAAAUUCAUUUACCCUUUUUUUUCCCAUCAUUCAUUUGCUGUCGCCACAUUUGGGUUUCAUGAUAUUUUCAACUUUUACCAGCCAACAGAGUAUUUCUUAUAUUUUAUAUUUGUGAUAUGAUCCCCUGGAAGACGAUUUUAGUUUCAUUAUUGGUUCAAUAUUGAGAACCAACAUGGUUGUUCAGUUAGAACUGUACCCUAUGAGAUUCCAGCCUGUAAGAAUGAAGGGUUUCUGAGGUGGGAUUUUAGUUUGAAGUGUGUUUUCUACUGCGUUAACUCAGUACUAUUUCUUAUUAUGUGGAGAAUCCCUUCUCUAAUUUUUAUUAAAAAUAAUGUCUAGAUAGUUCACUAAGCAGUGAGAAUUCAAAGACCAGAGGCAGAAAUUGUAAAAAUAGUUUUCGAAACUCAGGAUGGUUGCCAUCAAGAUUUCAAAUGAAAAAGGAGAGAGAUCGAGCAGAUUAACAUCUCCUGUGCGGGGCUGUCACCCAUGAAUUGCGAAAACAAAACAUUUGAAUCUAUGAAAAAUUAAAAUAUGUGACUUGUGAUUUUUAAUGAUUUUUUAUGAGCUAUGCUUGAAGAUAUCUGUAUUUAUGUCUAUAUAUCGUUAUUGGUUUUUACUUGACCUUAUCAGGGUUCGUGGGGAAGUUGGAUUUCACAGUGAGACACCUCUCUUCAUCCGCCACAGACUUCACAGGUGAUUGGACCAGAUUUACCAGCAAUGUACCUUGCACUAGUGGUACAGUACGUCAGGUGUGUCUCUUUUUCAAUGAUAUAUUUCCUAGUAUAUUUUUUUAUAUGUUUUUUCUGGCAUUAAUUAUGGGGAAAUUUGUUGAAACCCGUCGCCAUCUGACAUGGGCUAUCUAGGUGUCACUACUUAUUGGAUUAUUUCAGAUUAUCAACUCAAAUUCACCCUGCUCUGACUUAGUUGAAAUAAAGAAGAUUUAGAUUAUCAAAAGUAGUGAUCGGGUGGCAUGGGUAGUGCACCACUGUCUAUGCUUGUUGCCAAUUCGCUUCAAAUUUAACAUCUAUUUGGAUCUAUAUUACCUAGGGUUACUGGACUGAAGCUCCUUGAUUUAUCAUCAUCCCUUCCAAAGUUUAUGACGAAAGUGAGCUGUAUGUUGGCUGAUGUCAUCUUGCAAGUGCCGUGAUGAAGGUGCUUAUUCACGCACUGCUGUCCUGGGGUUACCUUUGAGUUCUGCAGUUCCAAGUCUAUGAUUCCCUUUUGACUUUGGAGAUUGAGUCUAUAAAACCCUUGUGAUGUUGCCAUAUAUCUGGUUUCCAACCUAGCCUCCUCUGAGUAAAGUUAAAUCAUUUAGUCUACUUUCUGAUCACAAUGAACGUUGACACAGCCAAUUUGGAAUACUCCAUCUUUAGCCAGAAAGAUAAACAGCAUUUUGUACGUGUGGACAUGUAGUUUAUGGAUAGAUUGGCGUUGUCUUUAAUAUGGAAGGACGCAUGAAGAAUAUUUACAGGAGAUGAUGCUAUGAUAAUUCUUUUUAUUUAUUUAUUUAUUUUGUUUUCUGAACGUACUUUGUUUGUUUUUCCAGUGUGCUGCAUACUCAGUAGGUGCUUCUUCAGAAUCUACCUGGAAAAUGAGGUCUUCGUUUCCAGAAUAUGUUGUUGCUCUGGCUACAAUUGUUGGAUCAGUGCUUUUUACUGUAUGCUCUGCACUUUGAACCUUCUUUCUACUACACUAACAUAAUGGAAGAAUUGUAUUGUCACUUUUGCUCGCUUUUAUUUUAACAGUUGUAUUUCUAAUGUAAGAUAUGAACUGCAUGGCUACUUCAUACAGAGGUUUUCCUCGCUUACACAGUAUGCUCUGUAUGUCAAACCGCCUUUCUACUACACUAGCAUAAUGAACGUCAUGUACUGUCAUUUUCGGUCACUUACAUUUCAAGCGUUGUAUCUCUUGUUUAAAAUAUUAACUGCAUAGUUACUUCAUCAAAAGUUUUGGAGUCAAUAAAUUCUUUGUAAAAAUAUGAUAAAAUAUGCAAUACGCCCGUACAAUUUUCCCUCUUUGAAGAAUUAAUGACAUGUUAUUUCUUUGUUUGGCAAUAGAUUUUCGGAGGUGUUGGUAUCUUUUCCCUUCCACUAGGGCUUAUAUUCUCAUUUAUUCGACGCCCCAAAGCUGUCAUCACUCGUUCACAAUAUAUCAAGGUAUUCAUGUGGCACUAUGUUGAGUCUUUAUUUUGUUUAUAAUGUCUUUUACUUCCACCAACUCAUAGCGAUUUGUUUCUGGGCAUUGCUGUGGAAAAUCUCUAGGAGGCAACUGAACUUGGUAAGAGAGCCAAGGAGCUAAAGAAAGCAGCAGAUGCACUUCGUGAGGAAGAGCGAAGUGGUUCCAAAGGGAAAAAGUGGCGCAAGAAUGUAAAAGUGGUUGAAAAGGUGGGAUCAUACUUAUGUGGCAUAUUUUUCUUAACAAUUAGGUGCAUUUUCUGUUGCUCUAAACUUUUGCACAUUAAUUUCUACAUUAUUCUUAUUAUCUUGUUUAGGAUUUUUCUCAAUUUGGAGGUUAAUCUCUAUCUUCUUUUUUUUAAUAUUCACAAUUUGAUGAAGUAGAUUGGUAGAAUAGGACUUAUUCCAUUGAACAUUGGCUAUGAUUAGUGGAAGAUGAUGAUCAUGAUGAUGGCAAUCCAAGGAAUUUUAGAAUUUUGGAAAAUUUUUCUUGUGGUCACCUUUUCGAAUUUGUGGAGAGAAAUUUGGUUACUGAUAGGAACAGGUUGAAUAGGAGGUGAUUCUUAUUUCGGUGACUCAAAAUUCUGAAUGUUUUGAAUUUUGUUCACUUCCACAUUUUUAAUGACAAUGGUAACAUUAAUGUCAACGUACUAUGUUGUUCUCUGAGAAAUUUGAGAUUUUUGGUCCUUAUAGGAGUUGCUUUUGCUGGAGGAUGACAUGAAAGCAUUGGAGGAGAUGUAUCCUCAAGGGGAAAAGGUGACGUUUUUAGAAGCUACACUCUAAAUUGUCCCCUGGGCAUGAAAUGUUUCUUGACAUUUUUUUUCUUCUUCUACUUAGGCUGAGGCUUCCUGGGCUUUAACUGUCCUUGGAUAUUUGGCAAAGCUUGUUCUAGGAGUUUUGGGGUGAGAACUAAAUGCACGAAGGUCCUUCAUUUCUUGUUCUUAUAAAUGGGGCCAACUUGAUUUGCUUUAAACCGCGACUGUUGAAUAUUUCAUGAUUGUCGAAACUUCUAAGGAUAAAUUUUUUUUUUUGAAUGAUCUAUUCAACUAAUCAAAUGAGCUUUUGGGGAACAGAUCUCAUAUGUUUAUUUAGACUUCAAGCCUCUUGUGAACAUUUGGUAAGCCAAUCAUUCGAUCCAAUUCUGUGUCUUUCUACGUAUUUGACCCAUAAAUGAGGCUCCUAACAUGGAGAAAAAGUCCUUAUACUUGUAAAAUGAUAUAUAAAGGUUUUUAUGAGAACCAACCAAAAAUUAAAUGGGCGCCAAGUGUUGACCACGUGCGCAUAUUUCAGUUCAUUAAAGUAUUUUUUUUUAUUUGUGGCUUUACUGACCUUUCCAUGCAAUAUAUCUUCUCUUAUUUUUUUCGAUUAAAUGCAUUUGAGUGCCAGUUUAUUGAAUUUUAUAAUAGAUAGUUAUACCCGUUUCCGUGUUAGAUACGGGUGUCAGAUUUCUACGCACCAUUUUUUAGGAAUCAAAUUGUCCAAGUCAAAUGAACCAAUAAUGUUAACGUAUUGAUAAUUUUAGUUUCAUGUUUUUAUUAUACUAGCUUAAAAAGGUGAUAGCUUAAAGAGGAGGAUGCGAGCAUUUUUUCAUUAGCAGUAUAUCCUCAAUAAUGAUGGAAGUUAGUUUCUGUGCAAAACCUACAUUCCCGAGUAUAUUUCUAGGAGUCUUUAUGAUCUCCUUGAUAUUUUUUUUGGUGUUUAAGCCUGAGCACAAUCAUCAUCUUCAUGAACUCCUUCUGAUUCAAAUAGAAGCUCGUUCCUUUCUAGUUGUAUGCUCCUGCAUUGGCUUUCAUUUUUAUUCCAGCUUCGUCCUCACGUACUCCCAUCUGCGCAGAUUGUGUGUGUGGGGGGGAGGGGGAGGUUUAGAAUUGCUAGAACAUCAGAAUCACUGGUUUUUGGGCAGGAGAUUGCUGCAGGGAAUAGUAAUACAAUGGAAGACAGGCUUGCGUUGUAGGAGUAACGGGAAUCGAGUUGCUUCGAGAGUAAACCCAGGCAAGGUCUGGAGCUGAGUAUCACGCAUUUCAAUCUCUUGCUGGAAGUGUACCAUCCAUUGGCGGUUUCAAUUUCGUUUUGGUCCUGGGGGGAAACCAGUUGACUGUGCCAGAGGGUGAGAUCCAAAGAAUUGGUGAACCAGAGAAGAAGAGAAAAUGGAAGGAGACCAAGGAAAGGAAAAGGCGAAGAAAAUAAGAUGAGAAAACUGAAGUCGGAAGAUGGGGGAAACAAAAUGAGAAAAUGAAAGGGAUGUAAGGAAUAACUGAAGAUUAAAAGGCAAGGGAGGAGAGAAAUAAAAAACAAUGUUGAUGGUGGACUCACAGUUGGUCUAGGCAUGGGAUUAACUCCUGUUAUCACACCUCAUAAUCUCCUUUGUAUCUUCUUCUGCUUCCGGGCAGAAUCAGAACUGGAAGAUGCUAAGAGCUGAAGAAUAACUGAGGUGGUACAUUCUAUGAAACAAACGCCUAAUAAAUUUACCCAUGACUUAGCGAACGAGCCAAUUAGUCUUGCAUUACUUUGCAGUUUCGGAAAAGCACAUUUUUUAAUUACAAGGCAGCUAUAUUUCGAAAAUAGGAAAUAAUGGAUCGUUUCUGGUUUUCACCCAAAGAUUGGCUAGUCUUACUCAGAUUUUAACUAAUCAGUCCCCCAUCCUUCUAAAAGUCAUCAAUAAUUCAAUGAAUGAAGCAGCUGGUAAUUUUACAUGCAGCUUCUUCUAGUUUUUAAACAAAAGUUAUUUUUUAAUUAAGGUCAGUUUCAUUUCUGGAAAUUAACAAACUUUAUCUCUUCUGGUUUCCACGUGAAAUUCGGCAUGUUAUAAAAAGAUUUGACUUUUGACGUAGAUGUUGGGGAUAUCUGAUAUUCUCCAUAUCAAAAAAGUAUUCGAACUUCACUUUUCAGACACCAUUUUGCGCAUUCUUGUUUUACCAUAAUCUCCUUGUCCUUUUUCUAGUGAAAGCAGUACAGUCGCAAUUCAGUAAGGAUUUACGUCAGGAGUUUUGAUGAGAAGGGGGUGGGAUCUGCGAUGUUCUUUUAACCUGAUUUCGAGGUUAUUCAGAGUUCUUUUCAGGCCUGGGUAUCUUUGAUGCCAGAAAAUAUCUAGUCCAAGAUCUGGUGUUUUUGCCGCACAGUACCUUUAGAGCUUCAAUGGAUUGAUCAAAUACGUGGUAAAUAGGGUUACAUAUUUGAGGUUCUCGUGCCAUUUCUCACAUGGCGUUCACUGCUGGUGUUAAACCAGAUAAUUCACCCUGGUGGAGCGCUUCAGCCCCAGAGCCUGGGGAUUAUUUUCAGAUUGAAUGAUUAUUCCUAUAUGUAGACACCUGCAAAAAGUGUUUACUGGGGGAAUGUGUGUACACUUGAUCUGCUGUGGACUGGUGAACUUUAUGGUUGUGUUUUUCUGUGGGCUAUCUCCUGUAGGCUAACCGUGCAGCCACUUUGUCACGGCACGUCGUAUUAACGUAGGCCAGCCGUCACCAGCGAAUUUCACCUUGGCGAAAAAUAAAACCCUUUCCGAAAAGCUCACCUUAUAGCAAAAGCAGGAGUUAUCAAAGAAAAUAUCCCUCCAUUGCGCCAAGAGAUGUGUACAGUUGGAACUAUCGUCUUCUUGAUUCCGUUUUUUUUUCAUAUCAAAUUUCUGCAAUUUGAUAAUGCUUCUGUGUUAAUGAGUCCCUCGUUUUCAUACUAUGACGAGGAAUUUUUUCUGGGUCCCAUUUUAUUUUACCCUGUGGAGAAUGGUGCUCGGGCAUAAUUCUGCAAACAUGUACCUUAUCUUGCAGGUUUGUGGUAUCUGUGGCUUGGGUUGUGCAUAUAGUCAUAUACUCAUUGAUCGAUCCUCCUGUUUCUGCUUUCCUGAAUGAAGUUUUUAUCAAACUGGAUGAUGUAUGGGGUACGUAAUGAACAUCAUCUUAUCAUAAGCUUCCCGGUUGUCUUUUAAGAGAUUCAUGGCUCUUACUGGAAUCGUGUGAUUGUGCCAGGGCUCUUGGGGACAGCCGCAUUUGCGUUUUUCUGCUUCUACCUUCUCCUCGCAGUAAUUGCAGGGGCCAUGAUGCUCGGGCUGAAAUUAGUUUUUGUGACGAUUCAUCCGAUGAAGUAAUUUCUAUUUCCAACCUGCAUCAUCUUUUCAAGAUGGUCUCUCUUUUUUUCUUUUUUUUCUUUUUUUUUUUGUUGAUCUCACUAGUUGCAGGCUAAUAUACCUCGUACCAUUUGUGACCCAGGUGGGGUGGAACUCUGAUGAACUCGUUUCUCUUCAACGUGGGACUCAUUCUGCUGUGCUCUAUCAGGUCCGCUAGGCAGCCAUCCUGAUAAAGAUUAAUUCCGCUCGAUCUAACUAGCUGUGGGUGCGAUGUGGUGGUGCUGUCUCACCAUCUUGAACCGGGCUCGUCUCCUGUGUGGUGUGGGGAAGCUAAGCUGCCCACAGGUUCUCGUGGGGCACAACGCCCCACGAGGACGAUUUCUGAAUUUUCCCAUCCUCACCGGGGAACAUGAGGGAUCCUUGUUCCCAGUUUAUUUUUUGUUAGAAUUUACACGCAUUGAACUCUUUUCUGUGCUUGGAACGGUCCCCCUACUCACGGCAUUUUUUUUUCUGUGCGUCUUACGUUUGUGUUGCGCAGUGUGAUACAGUUUUGUUCGACGGCGUUCGGUUACUAUGCUCGAGCGACUGCUGCCCAAGAAAUAUUCGGUCACACGCUGCAGUCCCUUCGUGGAAUCAAGUAUCUGUACAAGUAAGUCACAACCCGUUGGAGGGAGGAUCUGACGACGGCCCUUCCUUUUCCCCUUCGCGCAGAUUCCUUUUUUAUUUUAUUAUUUUAUUUUAUUAAUAUUUUAUUAUUAUUAUUAUUGUUGCUUUUGCUGGCUGGCAUAAGAUGCAGAUCGAGGUGCUCAUGUGGCUCUGUUCAUGCGCAGGUACAACGUGUUCCAAUACGCGUUUGUGGGUUUCGCUGCGCUCACGCUCGUGUACUAUCUGGCAUUUGUAAGUCGAGCUUCGAAAUGUGGCUUCUUCAUCACCAUAUUAUUAUUAUUAUUAUUAUUAUUACUAGUAGUAAUGAUGGUGAUGAUGUGAUUGAUGAUAAAGGCAACAAUAGCCGGUGAAAUCCGGCGGAUGGAGGUCAGGUGACUAAACUUGUGGAGGGUUGUUUUGCGUUUGGUCCCAGGGAUGGAGGAAGAGGAAGCCGAGCGGCAGGCUCCAGCUUUCAACUUGA